CACCGGAGUAUCAAAUUCGUACACAUCUUUCCACUUCUCCUGGCCUGGCUCCAUGACAUUGAUUUCCUGAUAUUGCAGCGGUCUAGUCUUGUUCACAUUCUGCACCACAGCUUUCGCGGUGUCACAAAGCCCACAGGGACUCCGAGUGAAGAAGCAAGCAAUGAAAGUGAUCGUUCAGAAGCUCAGGCGAUUGGACAUGGAAGACAAAAGCGGAAAACCGCAGCAGCUUCACCGCCAAAAUAGCUGCAUCGUUAUCGAUAAGCAAUUAUGACAUGUGCGGCCAACGGGGGGCUUUGCUUCUGGAAUAUUCCGCCUGAGCAUAAAUCUGGAGAAGACACCAACGCACGCUGCGACGGAAGCACCCGCAAAAACACUCGUUACACCUCCAAUCACGCUCCCUAAUCAUGGCGAAAAAGUGCGUUCACAAAGGCUGCGGCAAGACGUACGAGAACGAAGACGACGAAUGCGUGUACCACCCUGGUCCGCCAGUCUUCCAUGAGGGGCAGAAGGGCUGGAAAUGCUGCAAACCACGCGUUCUGACAUUUGACGAGUUCCUUGCAAUCGAGCCUUGCACAAAAGGGAAACACUCAGAUAUAGAUGACACACCCGAGCCUGAGAAGGUCGAAACACCUGAUGUCCCCAAUGGAACCUCUGUCAACCUUGGAUCGAUGUCAGAGUCGCUGCCGGCACCUGCACCUCGUCUGCCCGCCGCCCAAGCUGCGCAGCGGACAGCAACCCCUGCCCCACCACCAGAGUCUGAAGACGAUGACCCGAAUGCAACACUGAAGGAGGGCAUGACUUGCAGGAGAAAGGGCUGCGGAGCGACUUUCGAGGGCGGAAACAGAGAGGGAGAGAAGUGCGUGCACCACCCUGGUGUGCCCAUUUUCCACGAGGGAAGCAAAGGGUACAGCUGCUGCAAGCGGAGGGUGCUGGAAUUCGACCAGUUCAUGACCAUGGAAGGCUGCAAGACAAAAGACAGGCAUCUGUUUGUGGGCAAGGCGAAGAAGGAGGGCGAGGAGGAGAAGGUCGACACUGUUCGACACGACUUCUACCAGACAGCCGCUACCGUCACCGCCUCUCUCUACCUCAAAAAAAUCGACAAAGCCAACGUCAUUGUCGACUUCCAGCCCGACCACGUCAACCUCGACCUUCGAACGUCCGACAGCAAGCGCUACAACACUAAGUUCCCGCUGUUCGCGGGCAUCAAGCCAGAAGAGAGCAAGUUCAGGAUUCUGGGCACCAAGCUGGAAAUGACCCUAGCCAAGGCGGAUGGAGCGAGCUGGCCAGUGCUGCGCAGUGACGACAAGUUGACUGGUGAGAUGAUCCAGGUUGGCAGGGCAGGAAGGGCGUAAGAUAGGAAGUGUUACACGACGAGACGAAUUACGAAGUUAGACAAAAGAUCAAUCAAUCAACAGAACCAACACAUGUCAAAUCCGGGCUUUCAUUGAUCUCUUUGGGGUGACCGCAAUCUCGCCAUUUCUCCCCAUUUUCAGCAUCGUGACACUUUGGAGUGUCAGCAUACCUACCACUUCUCAACCGCCGGCCUGGUAUCCAGUUCCCACGUGAAGUUUGUCGCAGGCUGUGUGUGCAGGUACCAAUAAUCAUUCGCAAUCUACAAAACGAUGUUAGUAUUCUCAUACUCAUAUAUUCAGCACUUGUAAUAGAGUAAGAACUCACCCCAUCAGAGCUCAACUUCGCCUCAGGCCCUAGAUCCUUCAACCACUCCU